GUUAUGUUUCCGCUUCCGGAGCAGUGGCGGCGGCGACGGUGGCUGCAGCGGUCGGGAGUAUUCGACGGCAGGGGUGGCCGUGCGCGAACUUGUCCUUCCCUCCCCCCUACAGGGGAAGGGGAGCGUGGAGCGACAGCAAAGCGGAGUCAGGCUCGAACUAGAGGAGGAAACACGGCGCCAAUUGCAGCAGCUGUUCAAGAAGGACCUGCAUCCUUUUCUCCAGGGUGGGCCCUCCGGCCUGCGGAGUUAGGUUUGGUGUGACCCGUCCGCAGCAGCAGCGCAGUCUGUAGCUUUCCCCAGCCGUAAAGGUGCUGGGGGAACUCGCUGCGUGCCGUUCUGGGCUCUCCGACUCCAGAAAGAUGUCAACAAAGUGGAAGGUAUUGGACGGAACCGGCGCAGAAACGAUUUACUGAAAAAAAAUCUUUGUAGUCGUAAAAUUCUUUCGUGGGCGAGAGAGAAAAAGCGUAAGGACUUGGCGUAAUCUACGUGUUGAGGACUGUCAGACUAACGCGAUGGCUCAGGCAAGUCUCCUGGCCUGCGAGGGUCUUUCUGGGGUUUGCCUCGUGCCAACUGUUGCCAGCAAGAAGAUGAUGCCGAAGCAAAGCUCCAAGCAGGGUCACCGCAAAGAGAGUGAGAAAUCUCGCAGCCGGAAGGAAGAAGAAACAACAGAAGGGUCCCAACCUAAAAAGUCCCUUAAAAAGGUGGUGGUGAUCGAACAGAACGGAUCCUUCCAGCUCCGGAUCCCCAAGAAUUUUAUUUGUGAGCACUGCUACGGUGCCUUCCGGAGCAGCUACCAUCUCAAGAGACACAUCCUCAUUCAUACAGGUGAGAAGCCAUUUGAGUGUGAUGUUUGCGACAUGCGCUUCAUUCAGAAAUACCAUCUGGAGCGCCACAAACGUGUGCAUAGUGGGGAGAAGCCGUACCAGUGCGAACGCUGCCUGCAGAGCUUCUCCAGGACAGAUCGGCUGCUGAGACACAAACGAAUGUGCCAAGGUUGCCCGAGCAAAUCGUCUGACUCACAGAUGCUGCUUUAGGGGUGGGACCGGAGAGAUGAAUCUAGAAGAAGCUGGAAAGCCAAUGGAAUACUCUGUGGUCUUUUUGUUGGUUUUUUUUGGGGGGGGAGGGGGGAUUAUUUUGUGCUUGCGUUUGCCUACUGGGCGUGUACCCCCGUAAAAAGGGGAACAGCUGAGGCGGGGCACAGACUUUUCAGGCAAGGUUUGGACACUGUAAAUAAGUUGAAGAUGAACUGCCCCUUGCGGUUGUGGAUAAACUUUGGUGUUUGGGGGGUUUUCUUGUGGGAGGGGUGGGUGUCUCUCUAUUUUGUGGGGGAAAGUUGUCACCAUUUGCCUCGCGGAAAGGUUCUGAGAGAACUGCUAGGCCUCUCCUGCCGGCCCGGAAUGAUGGCGCUUUAAGAGCUCUUGACUAACCUGUCCUCCUGCUUGCUGAACUGCUGGGCUUGCAAAGAGGGAGGGAAAUAUAUAUUUAAAAAAAAAGAAGGCAAGCCCAGCACCAAACAGUUUGAUGGAAGAAUGUGACACACAAGCGAUGGAUUUAAGAGACAGUGUCUGAAGAUUUUUUGAAUCCCGAAUUCACUGGAGUCUGACCCAUGAAAUCUUCGACGUAAGGUCAACCGAGCUCUUUUUUUUGUUUUUUUAAACUUUCCUAUGGUAUCUGGGUUUGUGAUUUUAAGUUUUUCUUAUCUCUCAGGUUUCAGGAACACAAGGGCUGGAGAGAGGAUGGCAUAUGCUGCCAGUGGUUGUAAAAGUUACCUUUUAGGCGGUACCGCUGGCACAAUCGGUGAGGUGCUUGCUAUAUCCAGCUGGCUGGAGAGAGAGAUCUGGUUACUCCCAGUUGUGGGGAGGAGCUGCAGUCCUUUUACAGGAAAGGGGCUCCUUUCCCACUCCCUUGUACAUACCCAUGAGUUCAGGGUCCGCUCCAUUGAAAUGCCUCUUUCUGCAGAACUUGGGGGUCUUCUGAGACCCUUGAUUCCAAGCUGGUUGACACAGUCUUUAGUUAUUCAUAUUUCGGCGAGCGGGAUUUAAAACUGUGUGGUAUCGGAGAAAUCAGAGUUCUCUUUGGGUUCUGUGGUGGUGGUGGUGAGGAUAUAGGCCUCCUGUGUAAAUGAACCAGAAGUUGAGACUUGGGGCCCUGGCGUGCCUUUUGGUGCCAUUAAAUCAAUUUCAGCUGCCUUGACCCUGAAAACCAUCAUCUUGGGAAGGCAGAGAAACUCCCUUGAUGCUCUUGGCUGCCCUACUGUUUUCAGGCUUCGAUGGAAAGAAUUUUGCCAAAAGCCCACUCUCCCCUCCCUCCCCUCGCAAAAGCCAUUCCAGGUAGUGCUGCGAUCUGUGCUUUGCAUCAAGAAACCAAGGUCUUGUGUGAUACCUGCUUUUGAUUCAGGUGUCUGUGGGGUUUGCGAGGACAAAGAGGUGUUUAGGACUCUUGUGAAAUGGGUUACCUGCACCUGGAAUCCUAGUGUCAUCAUUUGUCCUGUAGGCAGAGCUCCCCCCUUCUCCCCCUUAACCUGAAUUUUCACAGGCUUCUUCAGGCCUCCAAAGGGGGUCCCAACACCCAUCUGCACACCUACGUAAGCGGAGGCCUCACAUCUUCUCUCCCUACCUUCCACCAGAUGAAGAAACAUUGCAGAGGGGAAGAGGCUUAAAGACAAGUCCAAGUGACUUGGGAAUUUUGUAAAUAGAGAUGGGGUACUUUAGAUAAAGCAGGGAUCCUCUAAGGCAAUCCAAUGUACUGCCUGCCGGUGCUAUAUUCAAGUGGCUGUACUGAAAAAAAAAUCGCUUGGUAGCUUGCAGAGAUCGUGCCCAGUGUCACAUGCUUGGUCUUUUUCCUAAGCGCUGUCUCCCCAGGUAACUUUGCAUCUUCGACUCUGUAGUUAUUCUGAACACUGGCUGGAGCGAUACAGCAAUACUGGAGCGUUGGGUUGUCUGUUGCAGUGUUCUGUGAUCUUGCUGAGAGUCAACAUUGUUCUGGCACAGUGGUUACUGGUGUUACCAAAGGAGCCAUUAGAAAAAUAUAGAGUGCAUCAUCACCGAACUUCCACCGCCAGUUCUGCGCUCCUUAUGAAGUGCAGGUCUUACUGUACUGGUAUGAGAUGAGUGUUAAAGUUGUUUCCAAGCCCUGUUGGCCAUUUCCACUGUAAUCCGGCCAAGCAGAUGCCGAAGGAAAUUUUUUUGAAAUCCCUUUUGUGUGAAUGCUGCAGAGUACAGAAAAGAGAUUCUGAGAUAUUUGUUGGGGAAGCCAGUGUUUCACAAAAAACACGCACAUCUCUUAUUUAUUUAGCUGAAGUGAAACAGGAGCCCACAUUUUUACCAAAAUUUGCUCCCUCAAAUUCUCUUAAUUUCUGACAACUGCUUUCUCCAAAAGGAAAUACGGAAUUGUUUUUUAGAAAGAGAAGAGAGGAAAUGCGUUCUUUGGCUCAGUUAUAUGUGGCAACAUUUUAAAUUGGAGGAAUGGGGGUUGUUUAUCAAACAUUUCUGUAGUUAUGCUGGUGUCAGUCUUGAAAUCAUUGAAACACGAGGUAUGAAGUGUAUUCAGCAGGCUGGAAACCUGGAUCCUUAGAGGGACUACCUUUACCAGAGUAAUGAGGUGUCCAGACCUCUCUCAAGCACUUGUUAAUUUUUGAGAUCCAGGGUUUUGAGGCUUGCUUGCAAUAUUUGUAGUAUUUUGGAGGCCAGUUGACAGUGCAUUACUGUAGAAUCAGCACUCGAACGCCUACUGUUUUGGUAUCCUGGUUUUUCAGCGACCAAGCCUGGAAGAGGGAAAAAUCUGCUUUUGUUCAGGGUGACUGGCAGCAGAGUGCAGGCAUUACUCUGUAACCAUGCACACACCGCUUCUAGGGUCAAUGAUAUGGAAGUCAACCGUGCAUCAAAAGCUGACAUGUGAUCUUUGCUUCGGAGGUUUUUCUCAGAACCUGGCUAGCAUGUGUGAGGGAGGGAAACCUAGAUACUGUACAUGAAGGUGGGUGGAGAGUGUGUUGAUUCUGCGUUGUGGCAGCCGUCUUCCUUGUACAGCUGUAACAGCCAGUCUUGUGGCUCGUCUCUGUACCACAGCACACCAGAGUUCAGCGGAACCAAACCAGAAGGCGGAGUGUGUGCAAAGUGGGGCUGUCUCUGCUUUGAAACACAUCUGCUGUCUUAAGAACCCUGUAAGGAUACUUGGUUGAGGCUUACAGACCUCGCCAGUGCUUUAGGACCAAAUUGCUUUUUUUUUGCGGGGGGGGGGGGGAUUCUAAAAAAAACGCUGUCUUGUGUUUUCGGGGGGCUGUAGACCAGAGUUUCCCAUGGCUCUUGUGAGGCAAUAAAAGCAGAAUCAUGUGGUUAAGGCUAUUCUUAGACUGUAGCACUUACAGUUGCAAGUGGAGGGGAAAAGGAUGUCGUUUAAACAUUUCCCUGAUGUUCUAGUUUUCUACAACUGGGGAGUGGAUUUGUUUGUUAGUAGAGGAGUAUCUCAGCAUAUCCUGUUUUUGAAAAUAAUGACACACAAAAAAACCCCGACCCCCUACCUAAGACUUCCAAUAAAUUGACUGCUUCUUUGAUCAGUAUUUCAUAUGAAUUAGAAACUAGUCACCAUUUUCAGGGAAAGAGGGCUUCUCUUCAAGGGUGAUUGCCCUGGAAUUUGCUAGUGAAGGUGAGACCUGACUUUCUCUCCUUGUUUCUGGACAAGACCCACUUCAGAAUGCAUCUUGGUUCAGAGGGGCUCCACGAGGUGAUGGUCAGGCUGUAGUCUGAAAUGCCAGUAGGGGUUAACUUUGUGCAACCAUAGCAAAGAGCUAAUGGGAGUGCAAAGCCACCCAGUUAAUAUUGACUUGGAAACUUGAGUUUUGCAAAUCCUUUUUCCCAGGCAUCGUUUGAGGAAGGAGUAUUCCCUUCCUUGUGAGAAGGGAAGAUAGCUCUUAGAAAGAUGGCCUAUGUCAAACUGACACUUGCAUCUACACAUAGCUUGUAUCUUUCCUUCCUGGAUGUUAGAGAAAGGUCAGUGUUACACAAGGUGGGCAUGUACCCUUUUGCCCAGUGUUUCUUGAGGGCACAGUGAAGUUCAUGUGUGGAACCUGUGUCUUCUUCAUUGCUGUUAAGCAUUAAUAUACAUUUGGGGUAGAAUUCUGUACAAUCUGAGGUGUUCCAUAUCCACUUUUCCUGGGAAAUGGGUGUAGGUCUCAUCUGUCCAUGCACAAGUCUGGGAACAUGUUGGAAUUCCAAGUUCUCUUGCAUGAUGAAUGCACGAGAUUCCCCAGUGAAUUGCACCCUGGAGGUAUUGUCCCUGAUUUUAAGAAUGGACUUGGGAAUACAAAGAGGUGGGUGUGGUUCAUACUUACUUGGCAACACUCAAGUCUUUCCCUUGAUAACAAAGGGGAAGAAAUCCCAGCACUUCUGAUUGAUGAGAGAAACCAUGAAAUCUGACGGUAUUGUUUCAGCCUAAGAUCAAUGUCCAAUGGCUUAUUUUUGUUGUUAUUCCUUUCUUCCCUAUCCUUUAAUUCACUUAUUUUGCUAUGGGGGAGGGAAUUGGGGGCAGGGACAUACCCAAGGGUCAGGAUCACUUUUAAACUGUAGUUUUUAUAAGAUGUUAUAAACUUGUAUCUUUUUACCAUUA